AUGGAGCCGGGAAAACGGGGCCGACUUACGAGGUAGAGAGUGUUUCUUUCCAUUUUUUAACCUUUCAGGUUUUUUUCAGCUCUCGGUUGAAGAUUGACGAAACAAUCGGUCUUCGACAUGGAAGAGGAAGGUGCGGAAGUCUUCAUAAUUGCGUUUCGGACAAAUCUAUCAUACGUUUGACGUCGAUUAUACUCUCUAGAGUUCGCCUGUCGCGCUCUCUUCGGAUUGCGGAAAGAUUUUGUGGGUGUAAUAAUUAAAAUUUAUAUUAUUCUUGCCACCUCUUAUGUUUUCGAUACCCUAAUAUGCUCGGGAUUCGCGAAAUUUUUGUUGCGUAAUACAUAGUUUAUCGAAUUUUGUUGCUUAGGAAGUUGUUUAAUACAAUCGGAAAACAUUCGCGGACUACCCAGAACAAUUUGUAUUAUCCAUGACAACGGCUUAGAUGGGGAUAUGAAUUAGUGGUGGUUUUGGUUCAUCCGCCGAAAUGCAUCGGUCGAUUAAGCUCGAAGAUGACGGUGGGAGUAUUGUGGAGCCGCCAGAGCUUUCUGGACCCAUGAAUUGUUUGAUUUGCGGGGCUGCUGGAGCAAAACAUUAUGGUACCAUAGCUUGUCUGUAAGUCCAUUUUGAAUCCUUUGUUUUUUCUUUCUUUUAGAAAAUUUAAGUUCUCCAUUAUACUGAUAACCGCAUUAUGAAGAUUUGAGUUUAAUUUUAUCAAUUUUUUCAGCGGUUGUAAGGGGUUUUUCCGACGAUCAAUCCUCUUGAACAAAGUCUACAAAUGUAUUCGGAAUAAGCAAUGCACAAUGAGUCCAGGUGAGCUUCGUUGCUAAUUUUUUAAAUCGCAUUUUUAUUCAAAAGGUUAAAGCUCAAACGCUACGUAGAAGAUUCUUUUGGGUCAUGUCCGAUUCCAUUCAAAUACGUUUCGGAGGCAAACUACAAAACGGAAAUUACUUUCUGACCGCCGUAAUCGCGACCCACAAAUUGGUUGCGUAGCGCGAUGAGAAUUCGAACGCGGUGUGCGGGGAAAUCUUUUGUCGCAAUGUGCAGAUUAAUAUAGAUAAGUUUAAAAAAAAAUGGUUUGCAGAGACCCGGAAUGGCUGCCAUUACUGCCGACUGCAAAAAUGCUACUCCGUUGGAAUGAAAACAUGCUGUAAGUUACGUUACUUCACCUGAAAUUUAAUUGAGACAAAAAAUUACGAAUAAUUUUCAGAUUUACAAGCCAGUCGAAAGGCGGGUUCGGGCCGAAAAGCUAUCGAAAUGAGUCCCAAAGGAUCUCCAACACCUCCAUUUAUCGUCGUUAAUCAACAAUUGGCCAAGGUAUGUUGCAAAUGUUUUGGUUUUUAUUCGGAGUUUAGGUUGAGAAUCGAUGCGUGUCUCUAGGAUCUCUGAAUGUGUUCAAGCCUCAAGGAAAUGGAACGACCAGUGAUAUUGUGCAGUAUUUUAGCGAUGUUGAGAGGUGAGCGGGACUUUGAGUUUAUUUUUGGUGGCUUUUUCUUCUGUAACAUAAGUUCUGUCAAUUUAUUGAUUGUAAGGAGGUCACAAUUGAUCUAGUUUUAGUCGAAUUGAAAGAGCUUUUGACUAAUUUUGUCUACUACAAUAUAAUUUUUUUUCUUCUAAACGACUAUAAUUUUAGGAUAUGUGAUGAGGUCUUUGACGAAAGGACGAUGGGAAUGCCUCUCACUGCAAUUCGGCAGCAGUGUAGCGUCGACGUGGAUAUUGAUUUAGCCAUCAGUGAGCCAGGUCGAGUAGCCCCGAGAAUUGAUGUAAGUACCUUAAAUUUUCUAUUUUAUGUAUUUAGAUGGAAUGGGGAAUGAGAAUACCCUUUUCUGACGACAUUUUGAAGCCGAUGUGGUGUCGUCAAAUUUGCAAUUUUUUCGAUUUUGCCAGUUUUAUGCCGGACUUGGAGAUGAUCGACGAAAAAGAGAAAAAUCGACUGGUUCUCGCGAAUUCCACGCGGAUAUUAUCGCUCACUGUGGCAUAUAAGACACAACGGCUGGAUCAUGAGCCGGAUGCGAUCACGUUUGGCAUGGGUGUUUAUUAUCCGAUCAUCGAGGACCAAAAACCUGCGGAACAAACCAGUUUUACGGAGAUUGCACGGAUAUUAUACAGAGAUUGUGUGAUUCCAAUGAGAGAAAUGAGACUCUCUUUAGCAGAAUAUUGCAUUAUCAAGGCAAUGUAUUUCUUUUCGCCAGGUAAAUUUUUAUUUUUUUUUUGUUGUUUUAGGGUCAUUGAAAGUUUUUGAAAAAACAUGGGUAAAAGUUUUGUUGAUGGGGCGAAAGUGGUCUAGAAUGAAGGAAUAUGUGUUCACGUAAAUAUCCUGAGUAUUGUUGAAAAAGAAGCCUUCGAUUAAUCUACUUUUUUUUAUCUUCUCCUUGAGCUCCUCAAGUCCAAUAUAAAAGCGGCCAAAAAUUCUUUUGGUAUUGCUCUCUUGCUCCCGGAAAAUAAUAAAGGGAUUAUUAUUAAGGGCUCCGGAUUAAUUUCUUGUUUUCAGUGAGCACGUUAAGCGACAGGUCAUUGCAAGUUAUCAACAGGAUACGUGAAAAAUACGCAAAUGUUUUGAAUGAUUAUUUACUCAACGAAAUGGGGUACAUGGAUGCUGUGGAUCGGAUCACAAGAAUACACUCGAUCCUGCAGGUCAUUGAGGUAGGUUUUGAGGGGGUGGGAGAGGAUUUUUUUGGACAUACAUUUAUAUUGUAGUAGGUUGGAAAGGAUAAUGAGCAAAAAUUAAUUAGAGAAACAUUUUCUUUUGUGUUUUACACUGUUAAGAGCGUUGUGAUGUAAUUUUGAGUUCAAAAUUUGUACCUAAAAUUACAUUGUAGUCGAUAAACAAAAGUAAAAUUUGUAGAAAACUUGGGUUGAAAUAGAAUGUAUGAGUGGAAAAGUUACUUAUAAUACCAUUUUGGCUGUUGCAGUUUUGAUUUUAAAAGUUUCGCUUCAAAUAUUUUAUCAGAAUUGUCGUGGAUAAUAUAAAAUUCUUGCUGCAGGUGACCAGCAAUCGCUUCGACAAACGAAUGGCCGGUCUCGUAAUGGUGGAUUCGUCGGGAAUGCUGGGCCGAUUGGCGUACGACAUCCAUGUUCGAACAAAUUAA